GGAGCCCCGAGGGGCCGGAGCUCUAGACCGUGCCAGAUCCAGAUGGCGGCCUUCCCCCCGGGUCUGUAAGUUCGGAGGCGAACGGAGAGCCGGGCUGGGGUGCGGGGUCUCUGGAAAUGGAGCCCCCGUUGGGGAUCUGGUUUGGCCGUGAUCUGCCCUGGGAUGCCAGUCGAGGUGCUGGUCUAGGCCCCGGGGGACUUAAGCCUCGGACCGGCCCGUGAUGCAUCCCACGCUCUUCCCCUUACCGAAUCUGCAGUGGGGAGUCUCAGGAUGCCCCAGGGACCGCCUCCUGGGACCCUCUUCCUAGGACCCUGUGACUAGCCAGGACGCCAGACUCUGGCAUUUUGUAAAAAGUGCUGGACUUGAGGCCAGCAGAAAACUGAACCGCGGGAGCUAGCCAAGGCAAGGCCUUCAGUGCCGACUGCGAGACUGCUGUCUGCCAAAAUGUCUGAAAGAUCAGAUUUCCUUCACUUCAAGUUUGAAAAUUAUGGAGAUUCAAUGUUACAAAAAAUGAACAAAUUAAGAGAAGAGAAUAAAUUUUGUGAUGUUACGGUUCUCAUAGAUGAUGUUGAGGUGCAGGGGCAUAAAAUUGUUUUUGCUGCAGGUUCCCCCUUCUUAAGAGACCAGUUUUUACUGAAUGAUUCCCGAGAGGUGAAAAUCUCCAUAUUACAAAGUUCUGAAGUGGGGAGACAGUUGCUCUUAUCGUGCUAUAGUGGUGUGCUGGAAUUCCCUGAGAUGGAGCUGGUAAAUUACCUGACUGCUGCGAGUUUUCUUCAGAUGAGCCACAUUGUAGAACGGUGCACACAGGCGCUGUGGAAGUUUAUAAAGCCAAAACAACCAAUGGAUAGUAAAGAGGGAUGUGAACCACAAAGUGCUUCUUCCCAAUCGAAAGAACAGCAGGGAGAUGCCAGAGGCUCUCCAAAACAGGACUUACCUUGUGUUCAUCCAUCUGAAGACAGUAUGGAUAUGGAGGACAGUGAUAUUCAGAUUGUUAAGGUAGAAUCUAUUGGGGAUGUAUCAGAGGUUAGAAGUAAAAAAGAUCAGAACCAGUACAUUUCUUCUGAACCCACUGCUUUACAUUCAUCAGAACCCCAGCACUCCCUGAUAAACUCUACUGUGGAAAACAGAGUAAGUGAACUAGACCAGAGCCAUCUCCACAAUUACGCACUCUCUUACACAGGCAAUGAUGACAUCAUCAUGACCUCAAAAGAUGUUUUUGGGCCUAAUAUUCGAGGUGUAGACAAAGGCUUACAGUGGCAUCACCAAUGCCCAAAGUGUACCAGGGUGUUCCGUCACCUGGAGAACUACGCCAACCAUUUAAAAAUGCACAAACUCUUUAUGUGUCUACUCUGCGGCAAGACUUUCACUCAGAAAGGCAAUCUUCAUCGACACAUGCGUGUACAUGCCGGAAUUAAACCUUUCCAGUGUAAAAUCUGUGGGAAAACCUUUUCUCAGAAGUGUUCCUUGCAGGACCAUCUUAACCUUCACAGUGGCGAUAAGCCCCAUAAAUGUAACUAUUGUGACAUGGUUUUUGCACAUAAGCCAGUUUUGAGGAAACACCUUAAACAGCUGCAUGGCAAAAACAGCUUUGACAAUGCCAAUGAGAGGAAUGUGCAAGACCUCACGGUGGAUUUUGAUUCUUUCGCUUGUACAACAGUCACAGACUCUAAAGGUUGUCAACCACAACCUGAUGCAACACAGGUCCUGGAUGCAGGUAAACUGACCCAAGCUGUCCUCAGCUUAAGGAGUGAGAGUACAUGUGUAAACUGAGGAGGGGUCUAGUGCUCACAGCUAGAAUUGACUGAGAGUGUGACAAUAGUGCUAAGUCUUUUUAGACGUGGUUUGGAUAGUUUCUUCUCCAAAGCCUCCAAGCAGGUGGUCAUGGGUAAGCAGCAGCAGACCAGGCAACUCCCACUUGCAGUGGCUUUGCUUUUCUUUAGCCCUCUCCCAACUCUUUUUUGAGUUAUUUAUUUUGUGAUGUCUAUUUUCUUUUUUUUUUUUUUUUUGGUUUUUCGAGACAGGAUUUCUCUGUGGUUUUGGAGCCUGUCCUGGAACUAGCUCUUGUAGACCAGGCUGGUCUCGAACUCACAGAGAUCCACCUGCCUCUGCCUCCCGAGUGUGAUGUCUAUUUUCCUUUUCUAAAAUAUAAUUCCAUUUGUCUACCUAGUGUCAAUACCUGGCUUAGACUGACACUGUUCUAAUCUUUUUACCGAGCACAUCUGAAGGUACUAACAAAUAACAUCACCUAUUUCCCACCAAUAGAUGCUGUACUUAGAAAAGUUCACACUUUUCGUUGAGGGAAAUGAGGCUGGGAUAUGAGGUGAUAACUGCUGUUGACCUAAAUAUGUGAUAGAGCCUCUGUCUACUGUGAUUCGUCUAAAACUGAUGAGUGAGUCUGCUUCCUACCAUUUGUACUUUUUGUUUGGAGGUGCUAUGAAGAAGUAUGUCGGUUUGUACUUUAAACACUAACACAGCCCACUGAAUUGCUCUCAUAACCCAGAAUACAAUUCUUUCAGCAACAUCUUCCCACUGUGGAGAGGAUAAUCAACAGAUAAUAGAAGUAUAAUAAAAGAACAGUGGGCACAUGGAAGGUUUCCCAAACAAGAGACCAGCUGUUUACUUAUGUACCUUGUUGAUGCUCUUGUAAUUGGAAGUGCUUUGGGCAUAUUUAAAUGAGCUAAAGAAUAAUGAAUGGCCUCUAUAGAAACAGACUAUAUUGGAGUCUGACCUGUAUAUCAGAGUUUAUUUCAUAAGAAAGGUGAGUUUAGCCAUCCCUUUUGUGCUGUGCACAGUAUCUCCCAGUUCUCUUUUUCUUGUAUACCUUCAUCUUGAAAACAUGAAAGAAAAUUAAGUGGUAUACAGAAGACAACCAGAAGUUUUGCUUUUAGAUAGAUAGUCUUAGAGAUACACUGUCUACUUUGCCACCUUUCAUAGAUGGUCUUGAAGGAUGGAAAAAACAAUUCUUUAUUCUAAGUACAUUUCACACAUAAUUUUGAGAUUCUUUCUGACCCAAGGGUCACAGUAAGGUGUAGGAUUGCUAGAGAACGUAGAGACUCUUGCUAUCUCUGUCAUUUUAAGUAGGAGCAUUCAGAGUCAGAUAGCCUGGCCACCACUGACCAAAAAAAAAAAAAAAAAAAAAAUACACCUGACUAAAUAUGAAUGAAUGUUCCCAUGCCUCUCCUGCUAUACCUUGGCUUUAAAAGAUGGUGAACAAUAGUACAUUAACAGAAAUUUUCUAGUUUUGCUUCACUAAUGUAUAUCCCUUUUAGCUUUUAGAGACAGCCUAGGAUCUGCCAACAAAAUGUUACAGAAGGACUUAUGAUAAUUACUUUUUUAAACUGAUUUCAUUUUGGUGACUUGUGCAGUUGAAGCAGGAGGGUUGCUGUAAGUUAAAGGCCAGCCUGCACUAAGACCUAAGUAAAUGUAAUUAUUUUAUUGUAGUGGUGCUGGGCUUCAAACCCAGUAUCUCACAUGUGCUAGCCAAGCACUGAACCUGCCACUGAACUACAAUCCUAGUCUGUUAUUUGUUUUUUAGAUAAAUGAAUAUUGUAUUAUUUCUAGAUGAGUAGCUGGUUUAGGUAUGAAGGGAAGGGCAAAUUAGAAUAAUGUGAGAUAGAUCCAAAUGUGAAACUAAAUUUAUAUGAGAAAUUUUAUUUCCACCAGACUGUUUUUUGAACUAUGAGAGUACCUGUACAGAUAAUUCAAAAGUUAAACUUAAUUUAUAUAUAGGUGGCAAGAGGUAUUAAUUUGUUAUAAUUUGAUAUAUUUACACAUGGCUCAGAUUUGAGGCAUAAUUUCUACUAAAUAAAUAGAAUACAGUUGACUAAUAAGACUUGUUGGUACUUAAUGUUCAACAUCACUCACUGUAUAGUCUAAUAGUGCUUACUAGGAUUCUGAAUUUUAAUUAUUCAUCCAAAGAGCACCGAUUCUUUGCAACAAUGGGAUUCUGCUAUGUCAUCCAAUGUUUUGAAUAUUUUCUCUGAAUUUUUUUUUCAUAAGAACAUUUCAAAAUAAUGGGGCUAUACAUGUUGUUUUUCUUGUCUGGUUGCUGUUAGUAGUCUGAAGACUAAAAACAGAAUGGGUUCAAAUAAUACUGACCUCAUGUUGUAGGCUAUAUUUUGAUUUAUUUCAGUCACCCAGAAGCCUUUUUUUUUCUUUUCUUUUUUAAAUGCUUGGGAGUUUGAACCCAAGACCGCAAACACACUGACCAUGUUCUCUAUCACUGAGCUACUCCCAUAGCCUCCAGAAACAUUAAUAAGCAACUGGUAUUCCCAGGCACUAUGUUAGAUUCUGAGGAUAGGAAUUAAUACAUCCUUGUUGUUAUAGGACUUACAGUGUCAAGUGAUUUUAGUGAGACAAGGUCCCCAAUUUAUUUCAUAACUAAGAAUGGCUGCCCCCCCUUUUUUUCUGAGCAUUUUAAGCAGUGGUUCUCAACCUGUGGGUCUCCAGCCCAAUUUGGGGGUGGGGAGGUGUUGAAUGCCCCUUUCACAGGGAUCACCCAAGACAAUUGGAAAACACAGAUAUUUAUAUUACAAGGAACUAUAUGGUUGAGAGCCACUGAUGUAAUGUUAGUUUUCUUAAGUGUUUUCUGUUACUAAAAUUUUCACUUCUCACUGUUUGCAAACCUCUUAGCUAGUUUAUGGUCUUUCAUUUCUUGCCUGGAGAGGUCUCAUUUGUGCGAGACAUUUCAGUUUGGUGGGACUAGGGUUCUUACACAUUUCUCAGAUUUAAUUGCAAAGAGAUCAAGUUAUUUUAUGGUGGAAGAGGUUUAACACUAGUCAUGAGUAUAUGGGGUCAGGGUAUAAAUCUUAGUUACCCAGCAUUUGGGCUUUUUGUUUUGUUUUUGGAGGCAGGCAGGAUCUCACUAUUGUAACCCUUGCUGCCUCAGCCUCCUGAGUGCUGGGCUCAAUAUUUGUGUUUUAUGGAUUCCUAGGAAAACUUAAAAAGGAAGAGGACUCUCUUUACUGCAGUUUGAUCUUUUAAAAUUUGAUGUUAUUUAUUUAUUAUUUAAUAUUAAAAUGAGUUCCAAACUGCAGUGACUGUGAGGUGAAGCAGGUGUGGCUCUGCUUUAGGUGUGAAAGGUGACUGGUGCCACCAUUUCUAUACUGUCUAAACAAACAACUCGGAACAUUUGAUUUCAGCUCAUGAACGGCUGUUCUAAAUCUGUUGUAUGUUAGACAUACUUUGAACUACCUCUUUACUUAAAAUGGGGAAGUUUCCUUAAUAAAAGUGUGACA